GCACCUUUCGCGACAUGGGGAAGAGCUUCCUUUUCGCCAGCGCCACCUGAGGAUUUCCUGGAGCCGCUCCCCGCGAUGGAGGACGAUCAGGAGCUGGAGAGGAAAGCCAUAGAAGAAUUGUUAAAGGAGGCAAAGCGUGGGAAAACCCGGGCAGAGACAAUGGGGCCGAUGGGCUGGAUGAAGUGUCCUCUCGCUGGUACAAAUAAAAGAUUCCUUAUUAACACAAUUAAGAACACAUUGCCCUCCCAUAAAGAGCAAGACCACGAACAAAAAGAGGGCAGUAAGGAGCCUGGCAAAAGCCAAGACCAGAAGGAAACAAGUGGGAAGAAACACAGAAGCCACUCCUACAAGCGCAGCCUUCACUCAGCCCGGGGCUCGGUGGGCUGCUCUCCUCCAAGGAAGCGGGCCUCCCGGGACAAGUGUGACCCAAGGCCCAGCCGGCGAUGAGAUGGCUGCAGGGCCAGCCCAGCCCGUACUGCACCUGCCACUGGGCGCAGCGGCAAGGAGGCCGGGAGGUGGCGGGCUCUGACACCGAGAGUGACUUCCUCAGUGGGGCCUUUGUUUUACGGUGUCUCUUGGUACUGUGUUGUUGUUCUUGUUGCUCUUGUUAACAGGAAAAGAAAAACUUACUAAAGCAAAUCGUAACUACCUUAUCCUGAAGGCAUCGUGGUGAGAGCAAGCUGAUUCCGCAUUGCCCUGCACAUCCAUGUUGUCUUUAUCUACCUUACCUGAAGUUCGUUUCAAACAAGGAGUUUUAGAAUUUGAGAUUUUGAGCUUGUUAGAAACUCCUAGUUUUUUGAUGUACUGCACUUUUGUGGUCAUUUCCCAGAAUUUCUCAAAAAAUAAAUAAAAUAUUUAAAAACA